GUCUCCACUGAUUUGGAAGUGACUUGUUUGAAACUUGGAGCGACGCUUUACGAUCAGACCAAUUCAGCAAUCAUCAUAAUUCAACAUCAACCGUUCAUUGAAAUUCCAGUUGAAUGUAUUGUAACGUGGAGGAGACACGGAGUGGCGGAUGGACCAAAUUCCAUUGCACAAAACAUUAAACUUUAAACAAAAACACUCGUGGUCACUAAAUGUCACAUUUUACUUAUUCAAUACAUUAGUAUUUAUAUUUAACUGCUCUUAUUUAAAAAUAUUUUUGUUGAAAUAUACAAUAAAUACCGCUGCUACAGUGGGUGGCAAAAGUAUUCAUAACCAUGAGAAACACUCAAAUUUCUCGUCACAGAACAAAGGAAAGGUGUGUUUCUGUUUACAUGAGAGGGAAUAUCGCGAUUGAAGGCAGAUAUUCUGUCAGGACGUCAGGGUAAACAUUAGACCACGUGACACAACCAGGAAGUGUAAGGAAGGCUAGCCCGUCUGAAUUCACCGGGCUGAUUCGCGCUUCGUAGACCGGGUAGGCUACUGGCCUAGUCGGAUGCAGACCCUGAAUUCAAGCACAGACCUCGAAUUCAAACACACCCAACAAAUGUACACUAGAGGGCGGAAGUCAUUUAGAAAAAAUACCAGAGAAGAAGAAUGCUUUCGAUGGGCGGGACAGACAAAUAAUAAAUUGUCAACAUAAACAACUUGCUGGUUCUCUAUUAAAAGACGUGCUUAAAUAUGAGCUCAUUUGCAGGACGAAUGAAAGAAUAUCCAACCAUUUCUUUAGACCGCUUCGACCACGAGAACUUACAAGCGCGUGCGUACUUCCUGUCUCAUUGUCACAAAGAUCACAUGCGAGGAAUUAAAGCACCAAAGCUGAAGAGAAGGCUGCAGUCUAGCCGCAAAGUUAAACUUUACUGCUCAUUUGUGACGAAAGAGCUGCUCUUGAGCAGCCCCAGGUAUCAUUUCUGGGCAGACUUCAUUGUUGCCUUAGAACUGGACAGCCCAACUCAGAUUUCUCUGGUGGAUGAGGCUUCGGGAGAGAGGGAAGAGAUUGUUGUCACACUCCUUCCUGCUGGUCACUGUCCAGGCUCGGUUAUGUUCUUGUUUGAAGGUUGCAGAGGGAACGUGUUGUACACAGGAGACUUCAGGUUGGGGGUCGGAGACGUGUCACGGAUGGAACAUCUGCACUCAGGAAGCAGCGUGAAGGAUAUUCAGAGUGUGUAUGUGGACUCCACCUUCUUUGACCCUCGCUUCUACCAGAUUCCUUCUCGGGAGGCGUGUCUGAACGCCAUUGUGCGUCUGGUGGGCGACUGGAUCUCUCAGAGCUGCCAUCACGUGGUGUGGUUGAACUGCAAGGCGGCCUACGGCUACGAGUACUUAUUCACCAAGUUGGGAGAGGAGUUCAACACACGGGUGCACGUCAACAACCUGCGGAUGUUUCGGAGGAUGCCAGAGAUCCUAAGCUACAUGACCACCGACCGCAGGACGCAGAUUCACGCCUGUCGACCCCUCAAGGAUGAGAUGUAUCUCCAUGGCAACCGGACACCGUGCAGCAGCACAUCCCCGGAUGGGACACGUCUUCACGUGAUGAGCAUCAAACCGUCCACCAUGUGGUUUGGAGAGAGGACUCAGAAGACAAACGUCAUCGUCAAAUCAGGAAGCAGUUCCUUCCGAGCCUGUUUCAGCUUCCACUCGUCCUACUGCGAGAUCAAAGACUUCCUGUCCCACCUCAAGCCUGUGCACGUCUAUCCCAACGUCAUCCCGCUGGGCCGCACGCUCAGUGAGGUCACACAGAUGCUCCAGCUCAUGUGCAGGAAGCCGUCAGAGGAGGCCUUGACAUACAAACCACUAGGGGUGCUCAAGCGCAGCGUGGCCAUGACACCACCUCGUGGUGAGGCUUUAACCACCAAUUCCGACAGUGAUGAUGGGCUCUUUGAUGGGAUGGAUACGGCGCCAGUGAGGAAAAAGCCGGCACUGAGCAGCCACAUCAAAAACGCUCCUAGUGCACGUGCCACAGCUUCUCCUGCCUCUAAGGGGGACUCACUGCACCUGUCACACCAGCCGCCCAGCACACACAAUUACACAAACAACUAUAUGGACUGCACAGAGUCCAAUGAUGAAAAUGAUGAAGACGAGUCGAGCGACGAGGAGGCGAGCACUCAGGCAGAACGUGGCUUAGAACGGCCCCCCAAGUGGGAUGACUUCUUCACUGUUGAGACACUACUUGACAGCCAGAGCAGUCUCGACAGCCAUUCACAGCCCGGCUCCGUCCCAGGCUCCUCCCCCUCCAGGAUGACAGGAUUGCAGACACCUGAAGCGUUCAGCCAACAGGAAGAGAACCUGGCUGACAACUUUAGUCUGGCUCUGUCCGCCUCAUUGUCCGAUCAUUCCUCCCAGACCCAGGACUCUAAUCCCCUCCACAGCGGCAUCCCAUCUGAGCCGGAGGAGCUGCUGGAGUCUCAGGCAUCAUCAGACUUUGACAUUCCCUGCACCCCAGAGUCCAAGAGGCCAUCCCCUGACAAACUGUCUCAGCUGUACAGGAAGUUGGCGUCAGGAGAGGAUGUGCUGGUGGAGACAGGACAUCGAGGUUCUGUGUGACAGGAAGUUACAGAAUCUUUACUUCCUGUUGUCAUUCCUGCUGAGUUGUGAUGAAUUACUAAUGCCUGUCUCGGAAUAAAAGGUUCAGAUAUGAAAUGUAA